AUGUCGAAUCUGAGCAUUUCCAACGCAGUGUCGCGAGCUGAUGGUGGAGGCUUCCGCGCAGAGGGACGCUUGCAAGUGAUCAACCGCUCCUCAGUCAUCAUUCAGCAUGCCAGAGCUGGGCACGCUGGUGGAGGUUUUGCUGCAAACCAAGACGUUGUGAUUGCAGGGAUGUCAAACGUGAACAUUUCAAACAGCCAAGCUGUCUCUGGACAUGGUGGAGGCUUUGCACUUAGAAGAGGUUUGCAGGUGACGGGGAGAUCAGCCAUUUUCAUCAGUAACACAACCGCCGGAGGAAGUGGUGGAGGUGCUUAUGCAGGAGGCCAUGUCGUGAUCAACAGCUCAACCGUCAGCAUUCAGCAUGCCAGAGCUGGGACAGUGGGUGCUGGUUUUGCAAUCGAUGGUGGUCUGGAAGUACACAGUGGAUGGAUGUUCGUCAGAGAUUCCACCACCACACGGGUAGGCAGCGGAGGUUUCAUGAAGGGCCGAGCACUUCUGACAUCUCAGUCCCAGUUCGUGGUACGCGAUGUCGAAGGGAAUGACAGCUCUGCAGUGUUGGUAGCAGACUGCUUGCACAUCCACCCCGGGUCCGCCUUUCUCAUGGAAAAUGUCAAGGGUGGCCAUGCAGUGAAGUUGCAGAACAGUGGCUGCUCGAGUGAGUGCUCAAACAGAACUCUUCAAAUGGAAACUGGUGCAGCUUUGAACACAACAGGUCACUGUCCCUUGAGCUUGGGGCUUCUGUCUGUUGCAGCCUGCCCUAAUGAAACGGUGCACCUCUCUGGUAUCCACCUCCGGUCAUGGUCCAGUCCAUUGCUCAGCCCCCAACCCAACCAUGUGGUGAUAGACGACGUCAGUAUCCACUACGAGCCGCCGCUCAAGAACUUGCCCAUCCUCACGGCUAAGGAUGGCUUCACCGUCAACUCUUUGGUCGCUACCUGUCCAGAUUGUGCGCAGGGUGUCACCUUGAAUGCCAGCAACGGCACGCGGCUUGCAGCCGUGAGCCCAAUGAAGCUGCAGUGCCCUAGCCAAGUCACGGUGUCCAAGGGCUUCACGUCGCGUUGUGCUUGUCCCAACUACCAGAUUACAAAGGAGCACUUCCGUGACCAGGAAUUUGUGUCGGUGCAAGACGUCUUCGAAAUCUGCCGGUUCU